UUGGCCCGGACGUGGCAGUCCCACAGCCCUAUGAGGAAAUCACACUAACGGCAUCUGUCUGGCUGAAUUAGUGCAUCACUUUCUUUUUUUCAGAACCAGCACUUCUCUUCUUCACUGAUCAGACGUGAUGGGACUUACAAUAACUUCGUUGUUCGGCCGACUUUUCGGCAAAAAACAGAUGAGGAUUUUAAUGGUCGGCCUGGAUGCUGCUGGGAAAACCACUAUUCUGUACAAACUGAAGCUUGGUGAAAUUGUAACGACCAUCCCAACCAUUGGCUUUAAUGUGGAGACAGUAGAAUAUAAAAAUAUCAGUUUCACUGUAUGGGAUGUGGGUGGCCAGGACAAGAUCAGACCUCUGUGGAGACAUUAUUUCCAGAACACACAGGGUCUUAUCUUUGUGGUUGACAGUAAUGACAGAGAAAGAGUUGCUGAGUCUGCAGACGAGCUCUCAAAGAUGUUGCAGGAGGAUGAAUUGAAAGACGCCAUCUUGCUGGUGUUUGCUAACAAACAGGACCUUCCCAAUGCCUUAUCAAUGAGUGAAAUCACAGACAAACUCAACCUUCAGACUCUCCGGAAUAGACCUUGGCACGUUCAGUCAGCCUGCGCCACCCAGGGCACUGGGCUUUACGAAGGACUAGAUUGGCUAUCCAAAGAGCUGUCCAAGAACUGAAGAAGAAAUGGAUCAGCUGGACAGAGAGAGAGAGAGACUGAACACCAACGCACAGACAUUGAGUCUAGAAACAUUUGGUCUUUUGGCACCAAAGUUCUCAAAGUGGACAACCUGGUGGAUAGUAUAAUCUUCCGUGGAAAACAUAACAUCUCAUAUUUUCUUAAUUUCUUAUCAGUGCUUUGAUAUUAUCUCUACUUGUCUUAUCAAACUCUUACAAUGUAUUGAUACAUUGUGUUGAAUCAUGAGCAAUCAGCCUAUCAGGGAAAUGGAAACAAAGAAUUGGGCUUUUUCCAUUCGACACCUUGGAUCGAGUCUGGGUAUUAUUUACGGCAUUCAACCACUUGUAGAAAUGUUGGACCUGCCGAGGUUGGGAGAUAUGAAGAUAUAAGCCUGGAGUUUUGUGGGAGGACAACUUGUAUGCAGGCACAAGCAGUUCAUUUCCGUAACCUUGUAUGGAUAUUUGACUCCCUCACAGAUCUGAUCCUUUACUACUCACUGUGUCUCAUGCCAAAAUAUUUCUGUAAAGGCCUUUAUCCUGCACACUCACGUGGACUGACAUUACACUAAACCUUGUAGCAAUGUGGCCUCUUUGUAAAUGUAUCCAAAAUGCAACGUUGUGCCUUCUGCUUCCUUUUCAUACAAAUCUGAGUAGUUCUUUCUUAUCUUACUUGGCGGACAUGCUCCCUCUUAAGUUGAUUUUGCAACUAUUUCACUUUUGAAAUAUAAAAUUAAUGCAAUGCAAUGACACUUCUGUAUGUUUUGUAUCAAAGUUUUGUUGAAUUUGACAGUUUUUCUGCCCAUUACAACACAUCUUUUUGUCCUUAACUUAAAAAGAGGAAGGAAAACAGGGCCAGUGUCUCUGUAACACAGUAAAGCAGCAUAGCAAUUAUUUUUUGGUUUUUUGCAGUGCUUAUUGCUAUGUUUGCUAUAGUGGCUUAUAGCAAGUACUGUAUAUAUUAAUAAUUGUAUCUUUCUUUACACAUAAAAACAUCUCUACCAAAUAUGCAUAGUGAUGCACAUUCCAACUUUUGCUUGCAGAUGCUUGAGCUGACACAUUUGAAAUUAUUAAAAGUAUUUUCCAGAAAAAAACUUUGAAUAAAGCCAUUGUGUAAAAAAAAAUAAAUAAAAAUUUUGCACUCCA